GUCAUAUAGUGAAAAUAUUAACAAUCGCGCAAUCGUCUGCCUGAUAAUUAAUCAUCAGAAUUAAACUUCCAUUUGCUUCAAUUGCAUUUUGCUGUAUCAAUCGAAGUUGUUAGUUGCAUUACGAUUUCGCAAACAUGUUGAUGUUCCGGCUCCUAUCUAGGAGACUUAGAUGUACCUUUCCGGUCGCCUACAGAAGUGUUUCUAGUGGCUACGGAAUUAUUAAUUCCGAUUUGCCAGACGUGCAAAUUUCCAAUGAAAGUGUUCCAGAUUUGGUUUUCAAUCACUUUUCCAAGUGGGAUGAUGCCCUAAUAGCUGUGGAAUGUGCAGUGACGGGAAGGAAGUACACAUAUAAGCAAAUAAUGGACUAUUCCUUAGCGUUAAAUAAAAGUUUAAGGAAAAAAUUGAAAUUACAAAGCGGAGAUAUCGUUGCAGUUUUGCUGCCUAAUGUCCCUGAAAUGCCGAUUGCAACUUUGGGUAUUCUUAAGGCGGGUUUAGUAGUUACAACUAUUAAUCCUCUAUACACUCCAGAGGAAAUAAACAAUCAACUGAAAGAUACUUCUGCUAAAGCCAUCAUCACAUUGUUGGAUUUGUUCAAAUUGGCGAAAGCUUCACUAAUCGGACAAAACUUGCCCAUAAUAACAGUAAAAUCCUUGCCUGAUCAGGCUACGCCAGAAGGGGCAAUUGAUUUCAUAGAACUAGUGGAAGGCAAGGUGGACAUUCCAGAUGUUCAGGAUAUUUUGCCCUCGACUUUAGCCUUUUUGCCAUAUUCCAGUGGAACAACAGGACUUCCAAAGGGGGUUAAGUUGCUUCAUUCCAACAUCGUGAGCAGCGUUUGCCAAAUAGAAGACCCGCAUGUUAAACUGACCCCAACAACCACUGCUGCCUAUCAAGCAUCAAUCCCCGCAGUAAUUCCAAUGUUCCACAUCUACGGUUUCACUUUGAUCACUUUGGUCCAGUUGGUUUGCGGUGCCAGAGUGCUGACUUUGCCCAAGUUUACUCCUGAACUAUACGUGAAGACUCUAAAAACAUGCAAGCCUCACGUUCUCUACUUGGUGCCUCCUCUAGCCAUUUUCCUUGCAAACCAUCCCAGCGUCAGCAAGGAAAUUUUCGAAAGCGUUCAAAGCGUCGUGUGUGGGGCGGCUCCUUUGGGCGGCAUGGACGAAGAGCAGUUGCUGAAGAAAGCUGGAAAGAAGAUGGACAUAAUGCAAGGAUAUGGAAUGACUGAAACGUCUGCAGUGAUUUUGUCCACCCGCAGGGACUUUAAAAACGUGAUGGACUGUGCGGGUUCUAUAGGUAGGCCUGUGGCUAACACCCAAGUAAAGGUAAUUAGUAUUGAUGAUCCAGAGGGCAAACCAUUAGGUCCCAAUGAAUCAGGAGAGCUGUUAGUCAAAGGCCCUCAAGUUACCCCCGGCUACCAUAACAGACCAAAGGAAACAGAAGAUGCCUUUUUAGAUGGUUGGUUACGUACGGGAGAUAUCACCUACUAUGACGAAAGGGCGCUGUUUUACAUCACUGACCGCUUAAAGGAAUUAAUCAAAGUUAAAGGUUUCCAGGUAGCGCCAGCUGAACUGGAGGAAAUCAUCCGGAACCAUCCCGAUGUGGUAGAAGCGGGUGUUAUUGGGGUACCGCAUCCAACGGAUGGCGAAGUUCCGAGAGCAGUUGUGGUAUUGAAAUCGGGCAAAGAUGCAGAUUUAGAAGCAAUCAAGUCGUUCGUAGAUGGAAAAGUGGCUGGAUUUAAGCAGCUGAAAGGAGGCGUUGUUGUGGCAGACAGUAUUCCCAAAAAUGCGUCAGGAAAAAUACUUAGACGAGAAUUGAAAUUGAGAUUUACUUAGUGAUUUGUUUGAUAUUUGUUCUUUUUAUUAAAGCUAUUUAAAUAAUAA